AUGUCCUCUACCUUUACUGAGAAGGAUUCGAAUCACUUUGAUUAUGUUAUUAUUGGAGGUGGGAUUGCUGGUGUUGUGUGUGCUGAAACAUUAUGCGAACUCUUAAACCCAAGCAGGUUUUCUGGGGCUCUCCAGUCAUCAUCAGAUCGUUUAUACUAUGCAUCUAAACGUGUAGCACUGAUAUCGGCUUUUAAAACUGUGAAAACUACAGUCAAUCUACGUCGAAUAAGCAAUAUGAUCGAAACUUUUGAUGUUGAGGAGAAAUCUGGUAGUUCAUGGUCAGAAACAUGGCCUGAUACAUUGACCGUAAUCUGUGAUACAAUGAUAAAACUAGAUCCUUCCAGUCAUACUGUUUAUUUACAACAACGUGGUUAUGAUAAUCCGAUUUUUUAUGACAAAUUAUGUCUAACAACUGGCGGUGUUCCGCGGCUUAUUGAUCCGAAGCAUCCAUAUGUUAUUGGUCUAAGGGAUACAGAGAGUAUCAAAACAUUUCAACACCGUCUACUGGGCACCCGUCGUAUGGUGUUAGUUGGGAACGGAGGUAUAGCAACGGAGAUUGCACAUGAAGUCUCUGGUUGUCAAAUUAUUUGGGUUAUCAAAGACAGUAGCAUUAGCACACCAUUUCUUGAUUCAGUGGCUGCCACAUUUUUAUUAGAAGCAAGAGAAAUGUCAAAGCAAAACGAUUAUGUCGAGAAAAAAACCAAAAUCAGUUCCAAACCAUCUGGAGAUAAAAUCUCAGAGGAUACACAAAUCAGACGCAUGCGUUAUAUUGUGGCUGAGGAUGGCCAAUCAGAGGAUAUCCCAAAAACUGCAGAUCACCUUAUGCUUGUUCCUGAUCAACAGCAGCCGUACAAAUUGGAUAUCAGUAAAUCAUCAGUUGCUGGUGCUGCUCCAGGUCCAGAUUGGGCGUAUGGGCGCAAAUUACAUGGGCGACUUGUCAAUACAGUCGAUGGUAAACUACUUAAAGUAGUUUAUCAAACUAAAAUUAAACAGUUUUUAUCUCCAAAAGAAUUUCAUGACUUAAGUAGAUUAGAAACCCUGCCUUUUACGGACAAGUCCAAUGAUAAUGUGUCAUCCGUUAAUGAUUGGCCAGUUUAUGUAGAGUUAACAAAUGGUGAAAUUUAUGGAUGUGAUUUAGUUGUAAGUGCAGUUGGCGUUGAAGCAAAUUUAAAACCAUUAAACAGACAUCCUAGCAACGUGGAUAAUACUACUCAUAAUGAUGGUAAUACUAAUAAUAUUAAUAAUAAAGGAACUGAAAUAACAGAGUCAUCUAACUUGGAUGCCUUGUUUCGUUGCGCCCCUAUGGAACAUGGUGGUGGUCUGUUAGUAAAUGAACAAAUGGAAACAAGUUGGAAAGAUGUGUAUGCAGCUGGAGACUGUGCAUGUGCCAAUUGGACAUGGUCUCCACAUUGGUUUCAAAUGAAAUUAUGGAGUCAAGCUAGACAAAUGGGAUUUCAAGCUGCCAAGUCUAUGUUUUGUCAAAGUCGAGGAGACCACAAUAUCCCACUGGAUUUUUCUUUCGAACUUUUCACUCAUGUGACUUACUUUUUUGGAUUUAAGAUUGUUCUCUUGGGUCGUUUCAACGGUCAGGGUAUGGAUCUAUCCGCACCAGAUACUUAUCUUUUAAUGCGUGUUACACGUGGACGAGAAUUCAUCAAAUGUAUCAUGCAAUCAGGUCGUAUGCAAGGCGCAAUAUUAAUUGGAGAGACUGAUUUAGAAGAAACUUUAGAAAAUUUAAUUUUAAAUCAAAUUGAUUUGACUAAUUUAGAAGAUCGUCUUCUUGACCCAGACAUUGAUUUAUCAGAUUAUUUCGACUAG